CAUCCCAUGUCCUUGCCUUCAAUGCCAUCGUUGAAAAGCCUGUUGGGCGAGCCGUUGACUGUGACGCUGACUUUCGUCAGAUCCGGGAAGAUGAAUUUUUCUGAAUCUCUGUCGCCCACAGUAUACGGCUCUACACACAGGAGGAGGAAGGCUUUUAGUGAUCUUCUUUGGGCUUUGACUUUGAUGUUGAUCCUUGUGUCAGUGCCUUUUUUGAAAGACACCUCUUUGUCAUGCAUCACAUGGUCGUAAGGAAACUCUUUGGCGCUGGUGUAAACGCUUUGUGCCUCGUCCGCCAGAGUCUUGCUGCGGAUCGUUUCGUACUCAAACUGGAUGUUUGUCGGCUUGUAUUUCAGCUGGGUUGUGUCGGAGCCCCUGACCACAUGUUUAGCUUCAGCAAGUUUUACUUCGAACAUGAGGUCGUUGUAAAGGCCUGGGGGUAGAAAACACCGUGGUUGGUUAAAAUCUGGUGGUCAAGCCUGAUCUGGUACUUGCUUCCGUAUACCUUGUUCAGCUUGUUUUCAGUGUCAACACCCGACGUUUUCUUGUCUCCCAUGCCUGAGCGGAUCUUGCAUAGAUCCUCGCUCUGAAUCCCUUCGAGAAGCAUGCCAUCUCGCUUUUCCUGUGAAAGGAAAAGGUCUUAGUCAACCGUGUCUUGCAGGAUAGUGCCUGCAAACUUCACGACCUGCCUGUCAACGAGCGCCCACGUGACGUUCUGAACAAGGAAGUUGUUGGCGUGCCCUCCAGAAAUGUCGAUGUGAAAGCGAAGCGCUAGCGAGCCCGGCACCAGAACCUUGUUCUCGUACAGCUUGGGCACGGAAACAUACAGCUUAUCCCCGGGGUUGGCUUCGGAGCGUUUAAUGUCUUUUCGUUGUACGUUGGGCAAAGGUUAUCUGGAACUUCCAUUGUGUAUCAAUACACCGGCGAUUAUUUUCUAAUUGAAAAAAUAACAGGCUUGAAAUAUAUUGCUAUGUCGGAAGACUGCGGCGAAUUUGGUUACAAAGAACCGUACCUUGACGAGCAGCUCGACAACGACGAUGACACACAAGAGGUUAACAGAACCCAAACUUUUGACCCAGGCACGACAUCAACUCCCUACCAACCUGCCAUCCCCUACCACGUGGGUGAACAAACGGAAAUGCAUACCAUGCAGCACGAGCAGUCCGGCCUUCCUGACACUUCUUAUCAGGAAGGAACCCCUUUGCUUCAAAGAACACCUUCAAUCAGUGAUCUUCAAAAAGAAAGCUAUUUGCGGCAAAAACUCAAAAAAGCUGUGGAUGCGAUAAAAGUCAAAUACCCUAAAGCAAAAUUUGAAAAAAUCAAAAUUAGAAGAGCACUGAAAAAAAUGAGGGAAAAAUUGUUGCUGUGGGGUCUAGAAAGGGUGAGUACAAGAUUCUAAAAGAUGAUGAGUCAGGUGUUAUGAAAAAUUUUUUAGACAGCUUUAAAGAUGAACUUGGACCGAAGGCUGAAGAAAUUAUAGCUGAAGACCGCGACACAAUCAGAGAACAACACCAAAGUUUAAGAGAGGCAGAGAUCCAACUACAACAGGCAGAAACACUCUCUUCACAAAGAGAAGAAGAAAAGAAAGAAGUGGAAGUCCUGAGACGUAAAAUCGAGCAAACUAAUGCUCAGAUUGAUGCCAUUCAGGAUGAACAAGGUUCGAAUCUUGAAAGUGAAGCAGAGCUCAGAAGGCUGAAACAACUGAAAAAGAACUAUCAAAGCUAUUUUGAAAACAAGAAAAAAGAAUUGGACUCGCUAACAAAAAAAGCAAUAAACAGAGAAAAAGAACAACCCAAGGUUGACAGACUCAGGGCCAGCCUCGCACCAAAAGAAAGUGAAACAAACACCAUGGAAGAAAGGCUCAACCAAAAAAAACCUUUGGACGACCUGAAAGAGCAGGAAAGCGAGCUGCAGCGCCAAAAUGAGGAAGACCAGGCAAUCAUCCAAGAUGAGAAUGCCUCGCCCUCCGACAAAGAAGAUGCAAGAGAGAGGGUGGCAGAAAGAAACGAGGAGCUCACAGGUUUGCAAACUCAGAUUGCGGAAAGGGAAAGGGGGCGGCCUCUCUUGGAAAGGGUAAAAGAGAUCUUCAAAAAAUAUGGCGUGACAUUGACUGCUAUUCUUAUCGCCGCUGGGACCACAAUCGGAGCUGUCAUCGGGACCCUCACCAGAGGUUUGAAAGCCACCAGCAAAGCUUUGAGAAAUGGCCUCAAAGAUAUUGCCGCGAAACUUGGUUCUCUGCAGCCCGGGCUUAUUGGCUCGAUUGUGAGCUUUCUAUUCAAAGCCGCCGGCCAAGUCGUCGGGUUUCUGGCUGAGCACACCUGGCUGCUCAUUCUUGCCACAGUGGCAUGUUUGUUUGAACAAUAUAUUAAGAAGCGACGUUAACUUACUGCCAAGCCAUGAACAGUAAAGCCGAUAAUCCAACUACACCGACAAUUACCGCUGUUUUGUUUAUUUCGUGUUGCGGUGUUUUAUCUGGAGCCUUUGGCUCUAUUUUUUGCGCCGUUGGUUGUGCUUGCUUAGUUUUGUUUGAAGAUGAUUUCCUUGAUUCAGCUGUUGCGGCUUUGUGUAUCGGGUUGGACGGAUGGCUAUUGGGAGGGUUAAUUUUUGACAGGCCGCCUACCAUUAGUUUGAGCCCAGCUUUUUUUGUGUCUGGAUUUACCUCGUUGUUCACCCAGUUUCAUCCCGGAGACCGCCUGCUUUAGCUUCUUGUUGUAACCAACCGUGCUUGCGGUGUUGAUUAUCAUUUGCGCGGGCAUAAGCCAGGCCAUGGGGGCUAUAGCGAGCUUGAGCCUGACCUUCGCUUGAUCCACUGCGAGCUGGUACCUUUGCACGCUCGUGGCCAGGUCGGGCUGUGUGAUCGCACUUUCCAUCAGCACCAGGAACUCGUUUUGGGCUUCUUUCGCCCGGCCACCAGAACCGAGAAUACUGCUGCGGACGUUGACUUGCGCACCCAGAACGCAGUAAACGAAAGCCUCAAUUGACUGGUUUAUCCUUGCCAGGCCUGCCUGGGUCAAGCCAUUCGCGGCAUUGGGUGCAAACCAGUCGAACUGCCGAUCUCCAAAAAGAUCAGGCCGUAUAAACUCAAAAAGGUUCCCUUAAUCAGUUUUCCACCAUCAUCGCUAAACUUGUUCCACCCAGGAUACUUAUAAUCUGUUUUUGUUGGCAAUUCCCCCUAAGGCUUAACAUACAACACCCCCAAACCACUAUUUGCACCCGAAGUAAACCUAAAGUCGCUUUAAAGGUCUAUGCCGACCUCGCCGCAUAUCCUUUUGUACAAAGCAACGUCAUAAUGAUUAUUCAUUUGGUUGAAAAUCGGCUCUUCGGGCAAAGCGCUUAUGCUCUGAAUUCCUCCUAGCUGGUACAAAAUGCACCUGACCGUGAAAUACACGUGGAAGAUAUAAAAAGCUCUUAUCUGCGGUGGGAGAUUCAUCCUGCUCUCAAAGAUUUCGCGAGAAACUCUGCACCCCUGUGUUGUGCAGAAAACCGCAAAGUUGAGCUGUUGCAGCCAAUAUUUCAUGUCAGGCCCUCCUAACCAGUGUUUUGAUUCGGUUCCAGAAGUGUGCCUGAGUUUGGUUUCUUGAAAUAUUUCUCGGAAUUUUGUCAUGAAAUAUUGGUCAGGCGUGACAUAGAUUUUGAUUUCGGCGUUGAAUAUUUUCUUCAAGCUUGGCGCUUUGCCAUUGAAAGGUACCGCAGGGAUUGGCAAAGAAACUUUUCAACCAAGUGGUGACAGCUGGUAAGGAAAAUCCCCGCUGUCUCCCAAACCGAGCGCUUCUUUCAUUUCGGCGCUCCAAUAUUUUCUGUCUGAACUGAAGACGCUUUGAAAUGAGCCUUCGCUUUCUUUGAAAAACACCUCUGCGGUUACAUUUUUUUCUUGUCGAUCAUUUCUUGUGAAAUGAACCGGCUUUUGUCCGCUUUUGGAAAGCGGUUUAAAAAGUUUGUCCACGCCUUUUUCUUCGCAGCAUCUUUUUUCAAAAACUUGGGGUCACCAAACCCGGGAUCUUGAUUGAUAUCGUCGCACCGAUUCGGCAUUGUAUUUGAACAUAAUUAUUGUUAGUUAAAUAUAAAAAUGGUUGUUCUCACUAUUGUCACGCAAGAGAACGGCGCGACAAUAUCUUUUGACGAACUGAUACCGAAAGUGCAUUUCAUGAAACUCAUAUCUUGAAGUUUAUUCAACAGCUGGGACACUUUGAAAAAAGAAGGUUCGGCCUCCUUGGGAGAUAAAAACAAAGAUAGAGCUUUGUCAGUUAGUAAAUUACCCCUAGGACAUUAUAAUUUAGAAAGCUUGGCAAACAAAAUAGACGGGCUGUUCGCAAAAUAUAAAUAUGACCUUGUAACAGAAAUAAAUCAACCUGUUGGCCAGCUUGUAAUCAAAAAUUUUGGGUUAAAACCGAUUGAACUUGAUCGCGAUUUAGCCAAUUUGUUUAAUAUUAGGAGAAAUUUGGGUGUUAUAACAUUCGUAAAAGAUAUUAAAGCUCCAACGACAUAUUUUAUUCGUUGUAAUUUGAUUGACACAGAACGGAAUCUGUUCAAUGCAAAAGGUCAGAUGUAUUAGCCCUGUUUGAUGUGAAAGGGAAGCCUUAUGAAAAGGUGAGCUACCAGGGUUCUCCGCAACAGGUUUUGCAAGACCUCUCAGUACCCCCCAGUCUCCACUGGGCCGGGGCGGGUUCACCUGGGGUUGUCACCGUGGACGGUCUCACCCCAUACCCCUGACAAGCACCUGUACGUGCCUCACCCUCACAUCCGAAAGGACCUUCAUUUGCUUGCUGUAAAGAGUAUAAUUCUUCAAGCUAUAUACAUUGAUCCAGUCACCUCCCCUUUCACUUGUGGUGUUGCUUCUCUGUCCUUUGCCUAAAUUUCACAGUAUACACACAUACGCAUGCACUUUUGGGUGGCGAGAUGAUGUCAUACUUGAGCUGUAUUUAGAGAUUGGAUGAAUAAAUUAUAUCCCAACAGCACUUCUGAAGGCCAAAAUGAUUGUGCUUUUCCACGCUAUUUGCUUUAUUUUCACGGAGCUUUCUACACCGUUUGGCAGAAAGAGGUCAGACAGAUAACAUAUCAAGUCAUAGAAGCCAUGCGAGAAGCAGAGGAAACUUAAACCGGCUCGAUUGAGUCCCUUGUUCAAGGAAUAUCACAUGUCACAAGCGAUCGAACGCUGCGAUCAAAUCUUGCUAUUUUCUCGUUUCCUCCUGCUCGCUUCACUUCGG